CGCUUGUGGAACCAUAUCUUUUUUUAUGCCAGAACCAAAAACAAGAGUGUUAAUGGUGGCUGAAAAGCCCUCAUUAGCCGAAUCACUAAGUAGACUAUUAGCACCUGGUGGACGUUACGAAACGCAUCGACGCACAACGCCAGUCCAUGAAUGGAUAGGCCCGUUUCGUAACGAUCCAGCAGCACAGAUCCGGUUCACGUCCGUCACUGGCCAUGUGUACACCUUGGAUUUCACGUCCGACUAUAACUCGUGGGCGAUCGAACCACAGUUAUUGUUUAGUGGUACGGUGCGCAAAUCGGAAUCGAACCCAAAAAUGCGAUUGACACAGCAUUUGGUCAAUGAGGCCAAACAAGUGGAUGUCUUGGUUCUGUGGCUCGAUUGUGAUCGUGAGGGCGAAAAUAUUUGUUUUGAAGUGAUAGGCAAUUGUAAACCGAACAUGAAUAAGCCCGCGCAAAUCUUGCGUGCAAGGUUUUCUGCAAUCACGGCAGAAGAAGUACGACGCGCCAUGCAGAACCUGGGUGCACCUAAUGAAAACGAAGCCAAGGCGGUGGAUGCGCGUCAAGAAGUUGAUCUCAAAGUAGGCGUUGCAUUCACACGUUUCCAAACCCGAUUUUUCCAAGGCAAAUACGGCAACCUCGAUUCCACUGUGAUCAGCUAUGGACCCUGUCAAACGCCCACGCUUUCCUUUUGCGUGGAACGGCAUGAUCGUAUCCAAAGUUUCCAACCAGAAGCCUUUUGGUCCCUCGUGGCGACUAUCCAAAAGGAUAAUCAAGCGCAGCAACUGACGUGGGAUCGGGAACGGUUGUAUGAUCAUCAGGUCGCACUUUUGUUCUUGAACUCCAUCGAGUCGAAACAUGCUACAGUUUUGAGUGUGGAUGUCAAGAAAAAGUCGCGACAACGACCCCAUGCGCUAAAUACGGUUGAGUUAUUGAAGCAUUGCUCCUCCGGAUUAGGCAUCAGUCCAAGUGAAAGUAUGAGCAUUGCUGAACGGCUUUAUACACAAGGUUAUAUUUCGUAUCCACGUACCGAAACAUCAAAGUAUCCCGAAAGUUUCGACUUGAUAAGUGUGCUCAAAGAACAAUCUAAUCAGUCAAAUUGGGGUCAUAUCUGUGAAGACUUGCUCCUGAAUGGAUUCCAAAAACCCACUGGUGGUGUAGAUAUUGGUGAUCAUCCACCCAUUACACCUAUGCGGGUUGCAGAGGAAGGUGAUUUAUAUGGCGAUACCUGGCGUAUCUACGAUUUCAUCGCAAGAACAUUUAUCGGUUCCAUCAGUGCCAAUUUGCAAUACACAACAACCACCGCAAAGAUUGCGAUUGGCAACGAACGGUUCGAGUGCAAGGGAUCACAAACAAUAUCGCCCGGUUUCUCAGCAGUGAUGCAUUGGUUGACCAAGCCGGACGAACCGAUCCCUGAAUUCCAAAAGGACGAGACACUUGCGAUCACGUCUCUCACAUUACGCGAAGGCAAGACGAGUCCACCCGACUAUUUGACCGAGGCCGAAUUGAUUGGAUUGAUGGAACAAAACGGCAUUGGCACAGACGCCAGUAUUCCUACACACAUUAACAAUAUCUGUCAACGGAACUAUGUCAAUGUGACCAGUGGAGCACGACGCCUUGUGCCGACUAACCUGGGCAUUGUUCUCAUUCAUGGAUAUCAAAAAAUCGAUCCUGAAUUGUCCCUCCCAACGAUGCGGUCAGAUAUGGAGCAGCAGCUAAACUUGAUCGCCUCAGGCAAGGCCUCUCAAAAAGAAGUCCUGCAGUACUUUUUGGACAUGUUUGAAAGCAAGUUUGCUUACUUUGUCAAGCAUGUUGAAGCUAUGGAUGAAUUAUUUGAAGCAACAUUCUCGACUUUGGCGGCUUCUGGCAAGCCAUUAUCCAAGUGCGGUAAAUGUAAAAGAUAUAUGAAAUAUAUUGCUCUCAAACCAAAUCGACUGCAUUGCCCAACGUGUGAUGAGACAUAUUCUCUUCCAAUGAAUGGAAAUAUAAAGUUAUACCGAGAGCUUCGAUGUCCCUUGGAUGACUUUGAAUUGGUACUGUAUUCGACAGGAUCAAAAGGCACUGGAUACCCGAUCUGUCCUUAUUGUUAUAACCAUCCGCCUUUUGAAAACUUUAAGAAAGGCAUGGGAUGUAAUCAGUGUCUCCAUCCUACGUGUCAACAUUCGAUGGUACGCAACGCAGUCUGUCCAUGUCCCGAAUCCGAACAACAAGUGGAUCCCUGCCAAGGGCGUCUGGUUCUGGAUGCAACGUCUGCCCCUCGAUGGAAACUCAGCUGCAAUGAGUGUAACAUUGUCUCUACUUUUCUGGAUACCAUUAAGCAUGUCAGCAUACUGCAAAACGAAAUGUGUGAAGACUGUGGCACGGUGAUUCUCAAGGCCGAGUUCCGAGAGAACCAAAAUAAAGCACCUGUCAGUGGUUGUGUCAUGUGCGAUGAAGAGAUGGAGGCCUUGCUAGCGACACGGUUUGCAAGGAAAAGUGUACGACGGCGUCAUGGCGGAAAGAGACGGCGACGAAAGUGGGUUGAUCCGAAACUGCGAAAGUUGUAUGCAGACAUGCGAUAAAAAUACACCUUUCUCCUCCUUUUUC